GCGAACGUCGCAGUGUGAAGUUUGUCUGCUCAGCGCGCGCUGCGGAGGAACAUUAGCUCAGUGCUCACUGCUGUCAGUUGUUUAUUUGUUUAUUUUUUUUUUUUUUGUCUGGAAAAGAGACAUCAUUUCUAAAGGAAUAAGGAAAGCAAGGAAAUAUAAGUAAAGGGAGGAGAAGGCCGGCAGCUCAAGCGGAGUUCUGCCAAGUCAUUUCCUCCGUCUGAAGUGUUGACAGCAAGCGUGACAUCAUUGAGACAGCAAGAGCUGCAGCACAGACAGACGCUCUCUAUCCGACUUGUCUUGUUAACCAAAAUACAGAUGUUCCAGCUUCGUUUGAAAGAAAAAGAGGUAACGCAUCCGAACAUCGAAGUGCCUGAGUGCCAGUUACAGCAAGCUCUGGAGGACAAAAGUCUAAGCCCUAAGAAGCAAAGACAGCUAUCAAAAAGCAAACAGUCAAGUGCAUUGUGUUUCCUCCUUGAUGACCUUUUCAAAAGUAAACUUUAAGAUUGGAGGAGUCUGAAACAGCAGACUGGUGGAGGGGAGGAGAAGGAAAAUACAUAUUUGGAGUUAAAGGCAUAUUGGGACUUCUAUUUCUGCUUCUUUGUGGUAAGGGGAACAUCUCAUUUGGGACUGCAGUUGGAGAAAAGUUCCCUUCCCAUUGACUGUAUAAAUACUGCAUAUAGAUAAAUUUGUUCUUGUUCCAAAAGUGUCCCAUCUACUUAUAGCUAACUUUAGCUAAAGCUGCUGAAAUCAGAAUCUGAUGGAUAUGCUUGAUAUUUACAUUUAGAAGUUCUGGUGGUCGUUGGAAUCGGAACAGAAAUUCUUGCUCAGGAUUGUCCUAGCCUUUGAGCAAAUAAUUGACCAUCACAUAGGGACACUUGCACUGGACUCCUCUGUGGAGAUAAAUGAUGAAGCCUUUAACACCAGUUGGCUCACCCUCGCCCCUGCGUCUUCUUAACAAGGGCCCAGAAUACCUGCGCCGACAAAUAGACAGUGGAAUUCGGGGUCACUCUGUCAGUGCUGUGGAGCGGCUAGAGGCGGACAAGGCCAAAUAUGUCAAGAGCCAGCAGGUCAUCAACACCAAGCAAGAACCUGUAUUAGUACCUUGUGCGACACCUCCACCCCCAUCACGGCGCAACUUUACUGCACCAACGCCCUCAACGCCUCUUCUAAGUCGGCACCCAACGCUGAGUCCAUGCCCUCUCUCACCCCGCAACAACAAUGAGGACGAUUCCAGGAAGGAAAACCUCAGAGCUCUGUAUCUUGAUGUAGAGAAGCGAAACCAAAACAAUUCCAUUCGGACACCUCUGCCAACACUACGGAGCCCAAAUGGCACCCCGUUGGUGGCACCUCACAGUGCCCCCAUGAUGAGACGGAGCAUUGGGAAGCGCAUGCUGCGGCCCGACUCCCUGGUCAUCUAUAGGCAGAAAAAAGAGUGUAAGAGUCCAAUGGGAAAUGGCGAUGGAAAUGCAGAGGCAGAGACAAAGGGGUACAGCUUUGUACGCCGGCUCUUUCAAGGUUCUAUGAGAGAAAAGAAUAGCAGGAAUGAUGACAAGUUAACAAUCAGUGAGGAGAAAUCUUCAUCACGGGAUGAAGACUCACGCAUGUCAUGGUCUAUUGACCGGGACACAGUAGAUGGUGGGAACAGGACAAGGAGCUCCAGUAGGACUGAGUCAAACAAUGGUAAUAGCAGCUUCCAGGAGCACUGCAUUUCCCUCGGAAUGGCAAACACUGUAAGAAAUCGUCUGGAGAAUUGGAACGAGAAUGAUAUGGACCCUUGGAAGCCGGUGAUGCCACUCCAGCGCUCGAAAUCAGAUCUUCGACUUUGCUCAUCCCUGGCAUUGUCUGAACAAGAGCGUUUUUUUGACUUCUGUGGUCUUGACUGGGACCUGGUGGAUCGGCUUGGGCCAGAGAACUUCCCAUCAGGUGCCAGUUCGGUUGACACUCUCUCACUGGUUCUGAGGAGUGUUGGGGGACUAGAAGGUGCUUCUGAACCCAGUGAGUUUUCUCGCCACUCUGGAGAGGGGCUCUUCCAGGAGGAAUUAUCAGAGCAGGUACCCUCAGCUGUGUCAAUCAUCGAGAGAAAUGCCCGUGUGAUAAAGUGGCUUUAUGGCUGUAAAAACGCAGUGAGGGAGGGACCUAAAGGUCCCAAGGAGUCAACUGUGUAGCCACAAAACACAACAAACCUCAAGACUCUUGGACUGAGUGUCAUAUUGGCUGUUACUACUAUAUUUAUUUUGUUCAGACUAUUUGCAUUUGUGAGCACAGAAUGAUUAAUGGCACAUCUUUUUCUAACAUUUGUUUGGGAAUAGAGCUGGAACAAUAAGACUUUGUUUUAAUUUUCCUGUCUGUAAUUUUGGUGAUCUCAUUUUUCCUAUUCGGCAGUGGCCCCAUUGUUUCUGUAAAUAAGUUAUACUAGUUCAUUUUAGUUCUGUUUAUUUUUGCUGUUGGACAACAACAGUGUUGAGUGCUCAAGUACAUCUCAAUAGAUGAAUAACUACAAAUGGAAAACCACUAAGCUCUCCCUGUACCGGGGAUCUAAUUUGUGAGUAUGAAGUGAACCGUGCAUACCUCUAGUUUGUAUUGUUUUUUCCCCAAUUAAACGCAGGCGUUGGAACAAACAGACGACAGACCUGUGUUGAUGCACUAAUGCACUGAAUUUAGGGGUUGGGCUGGUGUGUGUCUGUGUGUGUGUGGUGACCCUUAUUUUAGUUUGUGCAACCUUAGACAGCAAUUUAUGCCAAAGAAAUAUCCCUAAUUGAACUUUGUCUCAGUUAACUAGUUUGCUCCUAGUUUCUAAUUAUUUAGAAAUUGCUAUAACAAUCACAUUUGAAAGCAUAAAACCUUUUUUAAAGUUAUCUAUUUGAGCUAAAUUUGAUUAAUUAGCAUCAGUAAUGGAACUGACCUUAUGACCACACUCACGAUACUGGACCAGAUUCUGCAUUGCCAAUGAGGCCGAUUCAUCACAAUGAAGCAGUUCGUCCUGUCAGGCAGAUGGCUGGGGUCAUUUAUAGAAAUGUUGGUAAAAAAUUAAUCCGAGGUCCACUGUGGGAUUUCAGGGUCACAGGGUGAGUUUAGAAAGAGUUAGCCCCCAGAGAUAGAAAAAACUGACAUUUCACCUGUAGCAUGACUCCCAAAUAAAUAAGUGCUUGAGCUGUUUUCAGAUCUGUCUCUUGCAUGUUUACAGACCGAGUUGUUGUUAUUUUCUGUCCAGAAGAGAUUUAGAAUAUAUAUGUACAAAGAUUUAUAAUUCAUGCAGGUAAUGAAAAUAAAGCUGUAUUUUUAAUGAA